GACGCUUUUGAAAGUCAUUGUAUAAUUUGAAGACUGUGGGCAGUUAUUAAAUCUCAACAUUUUUUAUUUGAAAUGGUUUUACCCUGUCUAAGCGUCAGCGUUUCUGUUCUUCUGCCUUUUAUGUCAACCUUGUUUUUUAAAUAUAUGUUAAAUAUGUUCAGUUAAAUACUAAAGUACGUUUUAUUCCUAACACAGUCCUUUCAAUCUCACAAAAACCCGAGUGUCCUUGAUUCUUUCUCGCUUUGCUCUCUCACCGAUCUCCAAGCCAACAUCGCUUUGUCCAAUCAGUGUUGACAACGGUCGUACCUUCUGAAUAUUAAUGAACCUUUCCAACCAAUCACGAUGUGGGAUCGCUGCACACGAGAGUGUUUAGUUGCGCGCUUUCCAACAGCAGUAUAUAACUGUUUGUGUCUAUUUGAGUUCGCAGUGAUGGCGAAGGUGACUUCUUGGAGGUUGGAUGUUUUUUUUCGUACCUGCGACUUAAUGGAUACAUGAAAGGAGACUUGUGAAUUUAAAAGCACCGUUUGUGGAUUACAUACGCUAGAUAUUAGAUGUAGUGGACCGGUAUGAGACGUCUUUGUCCUAACGUUCAGUUCGGGACUUGUUAAAUGAAGUGGACAUGGAUAAUACCGGUUGUGGAAUACAUGCAAUUUACCAAUUAUUCAUUAUAUGGCUCUCAGUGUGCCCUCUGUGCUCUCAGGGAAGUUGGAUGUGGUUGGGCAUCACAUCUGUAGGAGUGCCCGAGAAGUUGGGUUGCGCGCAUUUGCCCCUGUCGCACAAGCAGAAGGAGCUGUGCGCGCGCAAACCGCACCUUCUACCGAGCGUUAAAGAGGGCGCGCGCCUGGGCAUCACCGAGUGCCAAACGCAGUUCAAACACGAACGCUGGAACUGCUCGACCCGACGGGACCCGAACGUGUUCGGCUACGAGCUCACCAGUGGGACAAAAGAGACAGCAUUUAUCUACUCGGUAAUGGCUGCCGGGCUGGUUCAUGCAGUCACUCGCUCUUGCAGUGCAGGAAAUAUGACAGAGUGUUCGUGUGAUACGAGCCUGUUGGGCAGCGGUUCGCCUACAGAGGGAUGGCACUGGGGCGGGUGCUCCGAUGACAUCGCCUUCGGGACUUUGUUCAGCCGCCGCUUCAUCGAAAAUGCGGUAAAGAACACAUCAGCCCGUGGUGAGGACGCCCUGCUCACUAUGAACCAGCAUAACAGCGAGGCUGGGAGACAGGCGGUGGCCAAAACAAUGUUGACAGACUGCCGCUGUCAUGGCGUGUCGGGUUCGUGUGCGGUAAAGACGUGUUGGCGCACAAUGGCCCCGUUUGAGCGUGUGGGUGCCUACCUGAAGGAGCGCUACGAGACCAGCGUUCAGGUGGUGGAGCGCUCCAAACGUAAGGUGCGACGUAAGGACAAAGACCAACGCCACAUGCCUAUCGAAAAAGAGGAGUUAAUAUUCCUCAACAAAUCGCCAAAUUACUGCUUGGAGGACCGACGGUUGGGCGUGACGGGGACCAGGGGCCGCAGGUGUAACAGAACUUCAGUCGGGCCGGACGGCUGCAACCUGCUGUGCUGUGGCCGGGGCUACAACACACACGUGGUACGACACGUAGAGCGCUGCGAGUGUAAGUUCGUCUGGUGCUGUUACGUUCGGUGUCGGCGCUGUGAGACGAUGAACGACAUGCACACUUGCAAGUAGAGCAACUACUUGGGGAGGGUUGGAAAGAUCUCCUGAGACGAGACCUUGUGAGAGGAAGUGGACCUUCUCUGCGCCGUUGGGCCUAUCAAACAAGUAUGUUGACAAAAUAUCCAUGGCAACCAGAAAUCCACAGCGAAAACCUGGGAGAAAUGGUAUAAUCCGCUUUAAGUACACGUGCGGAACUCUUCCCAUGGGCUUCAAAUGGGAAUCAAGCCAUUUUGUAUAUAAUGACUGUGGAAUAUAACUGGAGCAUAAAGGGAACUGAAAUACUGAACUGCAGAGAAAAGUGUAAAUAGAUGAGUUUUU